AAAAUCAGCGGGGGAUCCCUUUCUACCAAAGCAGCAAACCAGAACAGUGGAAAUCUGGAGAAAAGCCAACAGGACCCUGAACAUCCCGGGACUUCCUGUGGUGCAGAUGUGUUUAAAGGAUGUGGUGGAGCAGCAAUGGGCAAAGUCAGCAGGACAGACAGUUCAGAGUCCCUCAAACAGGCCACCAGUGCCACAGGCAUGGAUGGAGGAGUCGCUCCAUUUUUCAUGAACAGCUCCAGUGUCAGGAGACAACCCAACCAACAAACAGAACCUCCAGAAUGUGUUGGCCAGAGUUCAACUAACCAUCCAAACAUGAAGCUGAAAGGAGUGGAGCCUUCUGACCAAUCAUCCUCCACAAUAAAACUAUGUCCACAACAGACACAGAAUGAUCAGAGGAAGAAAUCCUCUAAAAAACCUGAGGAAAUCCCCGUACAUUCUGCUUCUGGUCACAGGGAAAGAACCGGAGACACCACAAGCUCCACUGCAGGGAUUACAGAGGAAGCCCUGAAGGAUCAGGAACAUAAGGAGACACCAGAGGGUGCAGACUGCAAAGCAGAGCUGAAACAAGAGGAGCUGCAGUCAGAGCAUCGGGGAGGAGACGACCUGACCGAGAAGGACCAGAAGCCCCACAACGUUCCAGAGGUGGCUGGAGCGGACAGGACUAGGCCAAGGGAAGAAGAAAUAAACGUUCGUGUGGAUCCCCUGAAAAUCGCACAUCUGUCUGAACAGGACUUAGAGGCGCUUUGCCAGAGAAAUCCACAAAUAUCUGAACAUCAAACCACAAACAUCUCCCAGGACUCUGACCUGGCUGCCAGCAGCACCCAUACCCGCCGUCUAGACUGCCCACCGUUGGAAAUCAACCAUCUCUAUCCACCACAGAAGAACUGGGACACAAGCACCGUCCUCUACGACCAGCAGAUGCAGAUCUCACAUGCACCGAACAUGAGCCAUCGGGCUUCUUUAUGUGCUGAGCCCAGCUUUCAGUCAACCAAAAGCACGAUGAGUGUUUCAGCUCAGCAGGACUUUAACUGCAGGACAGCUGAGAGCUGCUCUGAUGUUUUCACUGGAGACAGAACAAAAAACCCAAGUGUCUUACCAGAUUUCAGAACGCUGUCCUCUACGUGUUUAAGUCAGGUUACCAAAGUCUGCAGGAGUUCAGAUGAGAUGACAGGAGAAAUGUUGCAGGACGAGCAGAUUCCUGUCGCUUCAUCACAGCCGUUUCUGGAAGCUGGUAAGAAGCAAGUCUCUGCAGAAACACUCAAGGACUUCCCCGACCAGAACCGUGACUCUGGGAGAAACAAGUACCAGUCCAUUCUCAUGAUCGGGUCCUUUCAUGGCUACCAAGCCGCAGACUGCCUGCCCAGCGGCGUGAGGCCUGUGCCGAGCGUUCCAGACAAUUCAGAAGACACCAGCAGCAGUGAUGAUGAGGGAAAGCUAAUCAUCGAGCUCUAGAUGCACAGAUGAAAUAUUUCACACUCUUAUUGUUCGUGUGUAUAUUUUUCCCACUCAGGAGACAAAAAUAAGAAGACUGGGCAUAAAAUUAGACAAACAGUACAAGUCGAUGUGCACCUUUGGAGCUUGGACAUGACCUUUGAUCUUUACAUACAUUUCCUCUGACUGUGAAAGUUAUCUUGUGGUGAUACUGUAAAAAGUGAAUGAAGCUGUUAUUCCAAACUGGGUUUCAUGGUAGUUCUGUGACUCCUUUCAUGCAUGAACUCUUCUGUUGUUGACUCAGAAAACAGGAAAACGUGGAGUCAAGGUUUUGUCCAGUGCAGUGGUCAUUUCGUCAACCAGAAUG